GUCACCGUCUCAGAGGCUGAGAAAAGGGGAAGAGAAAGAAGGAGAGCGAGAGAAAGAGAAGCCUUUUGCAAAUUAUUAUUAUAAUUAGAAUCCAGCCCCCUUCUCCUCAAAAAAAGCCCUAAACCCAGCGCCUCACUCCCCCUCCUUCUCCAAGCCCCCCGACUCGCUCCGCAAAGGCAUGGAGAAGGGGACUAACUGCUUUCCGACCUGCCACACGGUUUUUCUCGCCUGGACAUGGCUCUUACUCCUUUCUUGGUGUUGCACCGGCGCCGAAAUAACUUGCAGAUCCUGCUCGUCUCCAUCUCCCUCCUGGCCGUCCUCGUCGUCUCGCCUUAGGCAGGAGCAACGACAGCCGCCGCCGCCGCGAGGAUUACGGAGCUGGCCGGGCGGCCGGGCGCGGGACUCGGCCGGGCCGGCGGCCGCCGCGGAGCCGCUGCCGGGCGGGGAGCCGGGGGGCCGCGCGGGGCCGCGGGGAGCGGCGCCCCGCUCGGCGGGGGCGGGCGGCGGCGCGCCCGGGGGCCGGGGCCCGGCGGCGGCGCGGGCCCGGCGGAGCAGCGAGGGGCGCCGGGCGCUGCCGGCGGGCGGCAGCCGGGAGGUGCCCGCGGCCGAGGGACAGCGCAGCGCCCGGGCUCAGCCCCGCGGGCCCCCGGAGGAGGGGAAGGCGGCGCGGCUGCGAGGUGCAGAGGAGCCGAGGCUGAGCAGCACCACCUUCGCGCUCACCGGGGACGCGGCGCACAACCAAGCCAUGGUGCACUGGUCCGGGCACAACAGCAGCGUGAUUCUCAUUCUGACAAAGCUCUACGACUUCAACUUGGGGAGUGUUACGGAGAGCUCACUGUGGAGGUCGACAGACUAUGGCACUACCUAUGAAAAGCUAAAUGACAAAGUAGGCUUGAAGACUGUGCUGAGCUACCUUUAUGUCAGUCCCACUAACAAGAGGAAGAUCAUGCUUCUUAGUGACCCAGAGAUUGAGAGCAGCAUACUGAUCAGCUCUGAUGAGGGGGCCACCUACCAGAAGUACCGACUGAACUUCUACAUCCAGAGCUUGCUCUUCCACCCCAAGCAGGAGGAGUGGAUCCUGGCCUACAGUCUGGAUCAAAAGCUGUACAGUUCCAUGGACUUUGGAAGAAAAUGGCAGCUCAUGCAUGAACGCGUCACUCCAAACAGGUUUUACUGGUCGGUGAUGGGUUUGGAUAAAGAACCUGACCUUGUGCACAUGGAAGCCCGGACAGCUGAUGGACACACCCACUAUUUAACCUGUCGGAUCCAGGAGUGCUUAGAGACCAAAAGGAGUGGGCCCUUUUCGCGCUCCAUUGACAUCAGCUCCCUUGUUGUUCAGGAUGAAUAUAUCUUCAUCCAGGUGACAGCUGGUGGAAGAGCAAAUUACUAUGUGUCGUACAGACGGGAGCCUUUCGCCCAGAUUAAAUUGCCCAAAUACUCUCUUCCUAAGGACAUGCAUAUUAUCAGCACAGAUGAGAAUCAGGUAUUUGCAGCUGUUCAAGAGUGGAACCAGAACGAUACAUACAACCUGUACAUCUCUGACACCCGAGGGGUGUACUUCACCCUGGCCUUGGAAAACGUGAAAAGCAGUAGAGGACUGGAGGGAAAUAUCAUCAUUGACCUUUAUCAGGUAGCAGGGAUCAAAGGCAUAUUCCUGGCUAACAGGAAGGUAGAUGACCAAAUCAAGACUUUCAUUACCUACAACAAAGGCAGAGACUGGCGUUUGCUGCAGGCACCAGACACCAAUCUAAGAGGCGAUCCUGUAGUUUGUCAGCUGCCCUUUUGUUCCUUACACUUACAUCUGCAACUCUCAGAGAAUCCAUAUACUUCAGGAAGCAUUUCCAGCAAGCAGACAGCUCCUGGGCUGCUGGUGGCAACAGGCAACAUUGGCUCUGAGCUUUCCUACACUGAUAUUGGCGUAUUCAUCUCUUCUGAUGGUGGAAGUUCCUGGAGACAGAUCUUCGAGGAGGAAUACAAUGUGUGGUUUCUGGACUGGGGAGGGGCACUUGUGGCCAUGAAACACACAUCAAUGCCCAUUCAGCACUUGUGGGUGAGUUUUGAUGAGGGAAGAACCUGGAGUAAAUACAGUUUCACAUCAACACCGCUUUUUGUGGAUGGAUCCCUUGUGGACCCUGGCAUAGAGACCCAGAUAAUAACAGUUUUUGGCCACUUCAGUCUCCGUUCGGAAUGGCAGCUGGUCAAGGUGGACUACAAGUCUGUCUUCAGCCGGAGGUGUAACAAAGAUGACUACCAAACCUGGCACCUGCAUAAUCAGGGGGAGCCUUGUGUGAUGGGAGAGAGGAAGAUCUAUAAAAAACGCAAGCCUGGAGCCCAGUGUUCCCUAAGUCGGGACUACUCCCGAACUGUAGUGUCCGAACCAUGUGUCUGUGGCCAAGGGGACUUUGAGUGUGACUAUGGCUAUGAAAGGCACAGCAACAACCAGUGUGUCCCAUCCUUCUGGUUCAACCCAUCCGCCCUGUCCAAGGAUUGCAGCAUUGGUCAAAGCUACUUGAACAGUACUGGGUACCGAAGGAUUGUAUCUAACAACUGCACAGAUGGCUUGCGAGAGAAGUACAUGGCCAAGAUGGAGAAAUGUCCUGGAAAAGCACCUCGGGGACUGCACAUCCUCACCAGUGAUGGAAAAUUGGUCACAGAGCAGGGGCACAAUGCCACCUUCAUCAUCCUCAUGGAGGAGGGUGAUCUCCAGAGGACAAACAUUCAGCUUGAUUUUGGAGAUGGCAUUGCAGUAUCCUAUGCUAAUUUCAGUCCUGUUGAGGAUGGCAUUCAGCAUGUUUAUAAGAGUGCUGGAAUCUUUCAGGUGACAGCAUAUGCAGAAAACAGCCUGGGCUCUGACACCGCUGUUCUCUUCCUGCAUGUGGUCUGUCCAGUAGAGCACGUCCAUCUGAGUGUCCCCUUUGUUGCCAUCAGGAAUAAGGAUGUCAAUAUUACUGCGGUGGUUUGGCCCAGCCAGGCAGGCACACUUACCUACUUCUGGUGGUUUGGUAACAGCACCAAGCCUCUCAUCACCUUGGAGAGCAGCAUCUCAUACACUUUUGCCAUGGAGGGGAUGAACACUGUCACGGUGCAAGUUGCUGCAGGCAACACCUUGAUCCAAGACACCAAGGAGAUUGCAGUGCAUGAGUAUUUCCAAUCUCAACUCCUGUCAUUUUCUCCUAACUUGGACUACCACAACCCUGACAUCCCUGAAUGGAGACAAGACAUUGGCAAAGUCAUCAAGAGAGCUCUAGCACAGGUGACUGGUGUCCCUGAUGAACAGAUCUUGGUAGCUGUAUUUCCUGGGCUGCCUACCUCUGCUGAACUCUUCAUACUGCCCUAUAAAAACACAACAGAGAGGAGGAAAAGCAGUGAGGCUGAUCUGGAGCAAGUUGUUGAAAUCCUUUUUAAUGCUCUCAACCAGAACCUGGUCCAGUUUGAACUGAAGCCUGGUGUUGAAGUCGUUGUGUAUGUCACUCAGUUAACAUUAGCACCCCUUGUUGAUUCCAGCACGGGUCACAGCAGUUCAGCAAUGCUGAUGUUGUUGUCUGUGGUCUUUGUAGGCUUGGCUGUUUUUUUAAUCUACAAAUUCAAAAGGAAAAUCCCUUGGAUUAACAUAUAUGCCCAAGUUCAGCAUGACAAGGAGCAGGAAAUGAUUGGUUCUGUCAGCCAAAGUGAAAAUGCCCCCAAAAUCACCCUAAAUGAGUUCACAGACCCAGAGGAGCUGAUGGACAAAGAGCUGGACACGCGAGUGAUGGGAAGCAUCUCAACAAUUGCCAACAGUGAAAGCACAAAGGAAAUCCCUAACUGCACUAGUGUUUAAUACUGGGAAUCCACUUGGUCUACAACAUUUCUGACUUUUUAUUUGUAAUUAUUAUUGUUAUAAUUAUUAUUAUUAUGAAAAAAGAGAGAGUUAUAUGUCAUUAUUAUCAUUUGGGAGGGGAUGGGGUGGGUUUUUUCUGUUUACCAGGGCUGCAUUCAUAAAUAGCAGGUGUUCUUAGCAUUUGGGAAAUACUCAACAGAUUAGAAAGAAAAAGCAAAAAUGAGUCAAGAGUACAGUCGAAUUUGAAUGCCAGGGGUUUGCCCCUCGAAUUUGAAUGGACUCCCAUUAAGUACAGAAUGGGAAUUAAGUAUUCAAAUCCAAUAGGUAGAUAUGGUAAAUUAGGCAACGUGUUGUAUGUAAAUGGUCCCUUUUCUACCCCUUCUGAAAUAAGUCAUAAAUCAGCUACUUCAUCCUGCUAGAGGGCUCAGGCUGAGUUGCUGAACCAGGCUCUGUAACAUGCCAACAGCCCUUACUUCCCAGUGACAUGCAUGUCUCAGCUCUGUGCAGGAUCUGGCCUCCUUUAAUUGCUUUUAAUUUUAAUCACCCUCUGGCUUUUUUGAUUGCAGAGAAAAGAAAAAAAUAAGCAAACACACACAGCAGUGUUCCUUGGAUUGUGGAGUGAUUGGCUGGAGGUGACAGCACCACAAGCAAUGAAGAAGCAUGCCUGAAUUUAUGAAUGCAGCCCAAACCCCAUGCAUGUGAAUAGCGAGGAUGCCGAAGGCCUACUGUAGAUAAUUACAAUGUACAUAGCUUUUUAUUUCUUGGGAAAUAAUUUAAUGUUUAGUAAAAGAAAUGUUUAAAACAAAACCUGAACCACAUACACACACGCCCGCACACACACACACGCACACACACACACUUGUACAUGCCAGCCAACCAGGGACGGGGGUGAGCACUUGAAUCACUCUUUUGUUCCAAGCGUGUUCCAGUUGUCUGUCGUAUUUCAAUCUUACAUUGCUGUGUAAAACCAGCAUAGUUGAUUUCUCCAUGUAUAACUGCAAGCCUUUUAUUAAAUACUAUUAUUUCUUAUGAUGGAGCAGAAAGGAUUUUAGCAGGACAGGCUGUGAGGGCGUCAUGAAUAUCUUAGUGAUGUUCAAGAACUGUUCCUAUCUGUCACUGUUAUCCACUUCUGAGGAGGAUCUUGAUGACAUGCAUUAGGGAAAUGGAAGAAAACAAACAUACAAAAUUAUCAUGAUCUCAGUGUGAGCUAAUACCGGUGUGCUUGUGGUACCCCAGGGCUCGAAUCAGUUUCAAAGCCCGAGCUGACCCUACAGCCUCAACUCAACAAUGGGCCAGGUUGCAAUAGCUUUCCUCCCAGUGAGAAGUCAUGCUUUAGCAGUUAAGCUAGUGAGGUAAAUUGCUGUACGGAGCAUGUAAGAGUAUUAGAUUCUGGCUGAACAUGAUGAUUCAUGUGAUUAGGGACUGCUCAUUGGGGAGGGGACACAGGAUCAGACCUGCAUCAUAACUGAACUAGCCAAGGCCUUUCUUAUGAAUGCUGCAGAAUGGCUGCUUAUAGUUCUGGAUGGAAAUGCUAUCAGAAUAACUUUUGAAUGGUGUGUUGGUGCUUUCUGACCAGAACAGGGAGAUUAAUGAUGAAAAUGUAGUGAAAAAGCUCUUUAGGUUUAGGAAUCUUCUAGCACACUGAGUUGAGGAUAGCCCUUAGGAGUGGUGGAGUUUUUGGCCAGGAGGUAGACAGUGGUGGGUUACUUUAAUCCAUUUUUCUUGAGCUGGUGAUGCUAAAGAUGGGCCUUAUUCUGCAGAGUGCUGAGUUAGAAGACCCAGUGGAAAUGGAAGGAAGAAUGGAGGCACCUUUUGGAAGAUGUUCCAGUGCUUGCAUGGUAACAAGAGGCAGAAAUUAAGUCAGGUGACAAUGUUUGUUACCAAUUUUUAGGAUUUGGAUAGAGGACUCCACCUUUAAUAUAUAUGGACUGAGAUGAGGAGAUGGCUAGGAUAAGGUGUUUCUAGCUCCCUCCCUGCGUCCCAGAAUGCCAACUGACUACAAACCAGCCUCAACUAUAUUUGUUCACUCUGUUAAUGAGCAAGAGUCUUUCAAUGGCUGGAAUCUUGAUGUGGCCUGAAGGAGGAGAGAAAAGUGGUUAAACGUAGUUUUGCAAAUGAAUUCAGGAGGUAUUUUAAGAUUAAAAUUGUUAAAACAAAAUGUAGGGAAAUAUUCUUUUGUGUGAGGUAUUAAAGCUAAAUAAUCUCAAUUCUUCUGCUCCUACAUUUAAGUCAGGCUUGUGGGCCUUUCUGUUAAUUUUAAAAGAAUUCUUUUCUGUUUUCUCCCUCACUUUUCUGCUCUAGUUCCUAAUACAAGCUGGAGAGUGAUGGCUGUGUUUUUCUAUCUGACCUUGAGUUUCCAUCCAUCACAUGUGCAUACACUGUUGCGUUACUGUCUCUGUUCUACUGAAACACCAAAGCAGUUUACAGUAAUGGCCCAAUCUGGUGAUAACACUAUUAGUGCAAGGCCAUAGCUUCCCAUUUAGGUAUAGAUGGGAGGGAUGUACAUAAACAAUGGUCCUGUGGGCCUUGAGCUAAACUCUGGGCUGAUCUCAGUCUUUGCUGAUCAUUAGGAUUUGAGGGACUGCUUUUGCGAGCUGCUGCACAGGGCUGAAUGAGAAAUAAUUGCUGUUUUCUCUAUUACUUUUUGGUUUUAUAAACCUGGAAACAAAAUGAAAAUUUUCAUUGCUAGUUGGAAUUUUCUAGAUUUUUCAUGGAAAUGAUCUUAUGUUGAUUUAAAAAGAAAGGUAGGCGAUUACAAUUUUCACAUUUGGGGGUCUCCCUUUACACCCUCCAGGAUGCAAUGGAGGGGUGGUUAAAUCUCUCAUAACAGAUGAAAGGAAGCAAGGAGGAAAAACUGGGAGUAGGCUGCUGAAAAAAUAGAAACAUUUGCACUUCUCUAAAGGAAAUUUAAUCUCAAUGAAGGCUGAGAAGAUUCUAAAUGAUGCAGAUAAUUGUUGGAGAAACAUCUGUCCAGCAAUCCAUUUUCAAUACAAAACUAUCCUAAAGGCACUCAAAAACAAACAAAUAAAAAAAAACACAGAGCCAAAACUAAAUGGCAAAAAAAAAAAAAAAUUAAUUGAUUCUUGAGUGGACUGAAACUUCAUCUUCCAUGAGAUCUAGAAGGUAUUACUAUUUGUCAGGGUAGGUCAUCAUGCUGCUCUCUGGACCAGAAUGUACUCCACGUGCAACUGGAGAGAGCUCACCCUAGGAUGUAUGUGGGACCGUGUUUGCCAGAUCAGACUUGCUGCAUUAGGACACAACCAUGGCUGAUGGCAGCUGGAGCAAGGACAUGCUGUGCUUAUGACUGAUCUGGAAGCUGCUCCUUCAGGAUGCCAAAAGGGUAACUACUGCAUCCCAGUGGGAUACCUGACGCUGUAGCCAUCUGUGGGACCUCUGUGAGGUUUGGAUUAGGCUGCCAGCAUCAUCCACCUUUCUUGGAAUAUUCUGAGCUGGGCUCUUGGCACAGACUGGAGGACUGUCCACUUUCAUUUGUGUGUCUGAUAUUGGAGAAUAGCACCUUGGAGAUGUUACUAGUUUUUUUCCCCUGCAAGUUUUACCCUUGAGGAAAACUUAAUGGAAAUCCUUGAAGCUGUAGAUGACUAUUUACCUGAGUAAGGAGGGCAAGAGGCAGCACUAUGAGUAGAACAUAGAUAGAUCCCACACUGUAGUUGUGUAUAAAGAGGAAAAGAGAGAGUGAGCGAGAGACCAGGUCACUGCCCUCUAUCACUGCCAGCUGUUCCCAUGUGAUGGACUUUUUUGUACUAGCUAUAACACAGGAAUAAUGCAUGAGACCUGGAGACUAGCUGCACCUUUUGACUCUGUAUGGCCGUAAAUCCAGUGUAAGCACCCAGUAGAUCCUUUCCUUAGUUUAUCCUGUGCUUGACAGCCCCAAAACUAAAGCCUGGCAGGAUCAGAGAUCAGGCCAGAGCAACUGUGGGCUACAGAGUUUUUUAGUUGCAAUUGUCUUAAAUGAGAGCACAUAUGGGAGAGGGUUAAUUUUCUUCUGCACUAAGCUUUGGUUUUAGGGAAGUGCAAAGAUAACCUGUACCUCCCUUUCCUGUCAAUCAGUUCCGACAGAAAUUCCAACUUGCCCUGGUGUGACAAACAAAACCAGAGCCCUCACAUCCCUUCUGAUGAUGUUGGACAGUGCAUUAAACCCAAACCACCACCAUGUUUUUAAAGGAUUAAAUGAGGCAGACAAUUGCAAUACUUGUAUUAAACACAGUAAUACAAAUGCAUGAGUCAUAUAUAUACAUAUAUAUAUAUACUGUUCUUGGUUUUAUUGUUCCAUUUGAAUAUUUCUACUGUAAAAAAGGCAGUGGUUUUGAAAUUGUUGAAAAUAAAUGUAUUUUUGUACAUCAGA